UCCCGGGCCCGUGCUCUUUCCACUAGGCCACACUGCUUCUCAUUCAGUCAGCUCUUCCUCCUACUUGACCUCCUUUCCCAUUUCAAACCAGCCCACAGACCUCACUCCGCCGAUACCAACCUACUCCCCGUGUCUCGAUCUCGUCUCUCGUUGCCGCUCCCGUGCUCACGACCCUUCCCUUCAUAUCUAACAGACUCCGUUCUCCCAUCUCCAAGGCGUUACUUAAAUGCCAUCUCCUCCAGAAAGCCUUCCGCAACAUGGUGGAGUGGUGCUUGCCCCAGGAUAUUGACCUGGAAGGAGUCGAGUUCAAAUCCAUGGCCAGCGGGUCCCACAAAAUCCAGUCAGAUUUCAUAUACUUCCGGAAAGGGGCCUUCUUCGGCCUGGCCUGCUUCGCCAACAUGCCCGUGGAGAGCGAGCUGGAGCGCGGUGCCCGCAUGAAGUCCGUGGGCAUUCUGUCUCCUUCCUACACCCUGCUCUACCGUUACAUGCACUUCUUGGAGAACCAAGUUCGACACCAGCUGGAGACGCCCGGAUACUACUCUCACCUGGCCGCUUUCUACGAAGACAAGAAAGGCGUGCUCCCCGUGGGCAGGGACACCCCGAACCCCCAGCAACCCGUCCACUGGCUCCCCUCCCUCCACAGAUACAUGUACCCGGAGAUGAAGAUCACCCACCCGGCCGGCUGCAUGUCCCAGUUCAUCAAGUUCUUCGGGGAACAGAUCCUGGUCCUCUGGAAGUUCGCCCUGCUCCGCAAACGCAUCCUCAUCUUCUCGCCCCCACCCGUGGGAGUGGUGUGCUACCGAGUGUACUGCUGCUGCUGCUUGGCCAAUGUGUCUCUGCCCGGGGUCGGGGGCGCCGUGCCCGACUCCAAGCCCUUCUUCUACGUGAACGUGGCCGACAUCGAGAGCCUGCAGACCCAAGGUUCCUACGUGGCCUGCACGACGGAGAAGAUCUUCGAGGAGAAGCGGGACCUGUACGACGUCUACGUGGACAACCAGAACGUGAGGACGCACCACGAGCACCUGCAGCCCCUGCUGAAGGUCAACAGCGCCGACAAGGAGAAAUACCGGCGGCUCAACGACCAGAGGCAGAUGUUGCUGUAUUCCCAGGAGGUGGGAGAAGACAGCACCUCCUGCGAAGAGGAUCUCUUCAUCCUCUUCUUCAUGGAGCAGAACAACCGGAUAUUCCAGACUUUGCUGGAGGUGUCGGCGAGCCAGGAUAAGACGCUGACGGCCGAGCACGCCCGCGGCAUGGGCCUGGACCCUCAGGGGGACCGGAGCUUCCUCAUGGACCUCCUGGAGGUGUACGGCAUCGACGUCAUGCUGGUCAUCGAUAACCCCUGCUGCCCCUAAGGGGCGGCGGCACGCACCCGCACGGGACCGCCCCCCGAACGGUCCGGGGGCCGGCGGUGCCCGCUCCCGUUUUUAUUUAAUAGGUUUCUACAGAAAGGUAUUUAUAAAGCUCCCACCCGUGGGAUCUUUUUUUUCCA